AUUCACUAUAUCUGGUCUCCCACAGUACACACAACAUGGAAGUGCAAUUAUUUUAGUAAAUAUAAACUUCUAAAUACCUUUUCUCCUCUAUCAGUGUUCAGCAGAGCACUGGUUAAAGCUUGUAGGAGGAGUUUUCUUUCUGCUCUAGGAGGAUGCAAAACCCCUGACCUCUGUUUGGACAGUGCUGAUUGGCCCCGUGCUGAUCCCAUGCACUCUCUCAAUAAAGAAAAAAACCUCUCUAGCAAUACACACUAAGCUGAGCAUGUGCAGAAUGGCUACGGUUCAGUCUGUCUUAUCAGGAGAUAAGAUGUGGACAUUUGAAAAAGAGGAGGAGCAGAGAAGUCAGGAUCAAACUGCCUCUUUACACAAUGCAGAGGAUUAACCCCUUAGGUUGCACAGUGAGUAUAACAAGCAUGCUUUACUGCAUAUACAGACUGAUUUUACUGUUGUCGGUUUAG